AUGCUUGGUGAAGGCACCGAGGAUGGUACCCGCGUUUAUGUUGCUCCGUUGCUAGACGACGACGACGAUCAUCCCGACGCUCCCGAUAUCCUGCAGCCUCAAGAUGAGGAGACCGGCGUCAUCUACCUCCCCGUCUGGUUACGGGAAUCGUCCAAGUCCUUUCACUGGAGUUGGGUCCCUCUUCCUAUUCGAAAGGUCGCAUGGGCCACGGCGACCUGGGUGAAGGGCCCCGACCCGCCCCAUGACCUCCUGUUGAAGCCUUUGUUCCCUCGUAUCCAAGAACUCCCGGUCCGGUACCUGGAACGCUUCUUCCCCAAGCGGGGACACAAGAUCACCUUGCUUUUCUUGCUGUAUUUUGUCUGGUUUCUGCCCUGGACUAUCGUCCUCUUGCAUGCGCGCUCGGCCGGUUAUAUAGAAGGCUAUGGGCGUCCCCAGACCCUUUCGUGCUCGACAAGUUUUUGGGAUUUUGGAAACGAAUGCGGACUGAAUGGAAAUGAUUGCCGCCCAUUUUCGGCAUCGACAAUUCCUUUCCGCUGUCCCGCGAACUGCCGGGACGCCAAGCUGUCGGAACCCCAUACCGUCGGCAACCAUACCUAUAGUUACCGCGGCCUUGUAGUUGGUGGCCCGCAACCCGAUUUCGAUGAAACCCCCAUCUACCGAGCCGACAGCUUCGUCUGUCAGGCGGCCAUCCAUGCCGGCGUCAUCACCAAUACUGUGGGGGGUUGCGGCGUGGUGCAGCUGGAGGGUGCGGCGCACUCAUACCCUGCUUCUAAGCGCAACGGCAUUCAGUCGGUCGGAUUCCCUUCGACGUUCCCCAAGUCAUUCAGCUUUGCGUCGCUGUCCUCGUCGCAGGAGACUUGCCCCAAAGAUCCGCGGUGGCCUCUGCUCGGCAUCACUAUCGGGUCGCUGACUGUCCUGUGGCUCUUCUGCACUUCCCCGCCCGUGUUGUUCUUCAGCACGUUCGCCAUGGUCUUCUGUCAGGUGGGAUUGGUGUCCGACCCGCCAUCAUACCCCCAAUUCGCCGAUCUCGUCUCCAGCCUCCUUUCGCGACUGCUGCCGGCAUCAUUUGUGGCCUACGUGCUAUUUAAAUACUGCGCCCGUCCCUUGCUUACCCCGCUCUCCGAACCUGUGUACCAGAUGACGAGGGCGUUCCUCUACCUGCCUCCCGUGUUCAUUGGCGCCUUGAACAACUACACUUUCGCCAGGCUGAUUCCCCUUGAACGUCUCACGCCUUAUGACAUCCAAAAACAGCCGGGGGCGAAGCUGGCCCUGGCCCUGGUGAUCCCAACGGUGAUUACCAUUAUUCUCAGCCAAGCCUGGAAGAUUCGCCAGGGUGGUUUGAUGCCGCAUUAUUUGAAGAUCUAUUGCACCAUGGGCUUGAUUCUCCUGAUCCUACUUCCGUUGCCCGGCCUACGCCUGCGAAUCCAUCAUUAUAUUCUCGCCAUCCUUCUCAUGCCCGGAACCGCCCUCCCCACACGCCCGUCGCUGAUCUAUCAAGGUCUGCUCCUCGGUCUUUUCAUCAACGGUGUCGCCCGGUGGGGAUUUGCCUCGAUCAUCGAGACACCGGCGGCUCUGGGCGAACAGCCCGGCGGAUCCCACGGCUGGUGGGGAGGCACCUACCCCGAUAUUUCGAAUAAAACUGUGGAGAUCUCCCUGCCGGGUAGGGACUCGAGAGAAAUGUACCACGGUAACGGCAACAUCACCUUCCUCCUGUGGGAGCGCGAACGCAUGGCCGACCUCGGCGUGGACGGCGUGUCCGUCUUGGUCAACGAUGUGGAACGCUGGCGCGGAUACCUGGACGAGGACAAGUACGGCGAGUUCACCUGGCACCGACACGGCCACAACGGUCUCGAACUCAAACACAGUCCCAUGAUCGAGAGCGACGACGAACCCGACUUGAUAGACUCGACAUCCAUAGAAGCAGAAAGCGAAGCUACAGAGGACAAGAAACCCGAAGACCUCUUUUUCCGGUUCGCCUUCUUAAAAGGCGCGGAUGCGGGCAUAUACAGCGGUGCCGGAGUUUGGUUAGAAGACGGAGAAUGGAUUUCACCUCCUCCGCCCAAGAAUUAG